AUGAGCCAAGUGUUAGGCUACGGCGUAGGACCGUUGUGCUGCUGUUGUUGCUGCUGUGGUACCGGUGGUGGUUUAUGUGACUUGCUGCAGCAGCUAUUCUGUCCUAAAAAAGAAGCCCCACCGCCUCCGCCUCCACCACCGCCACCUCCACCCCCGCCACCACCACCCCCGCCACCUCCACCACCUCGUUAUUACCAAGUAGUAGUGCCUCUUUACGUAGCUGCUCCUCAACCUGCUGCGCACUACGCGGCCGUGCCAGCUGCCGCGCCGGUUGCACAUGGUGUUGGUUAUGGAACUGGAGGAGGCGGAAGCUACGCUGUUGGUCCUUCUAUGCGACUUCAUCGUCAUGCCCGCGCAGCAGUCUGGAAGAAGGUGCUGUGGUGGGCUAGAAACUCCAGAACUGCAACUGCCAAAUAA